GGGAGUGGGCAGAGCAGAGGCAGCAAGGGACCAUGAGAGGUGUGUGGAGGGCACCAGUCUCUGUUCUCCCUGGUUGGCCCCCCUACUUGUUCUGGAAUCUUCUUGGAACAGAUCUUGGAUACUAGCAACUUCCAGUUGCCUCAGUGUAGGGACUUCUGCUUGAAGUCUAGGAGAAGCAGGAGUCUCCAAGACUACCGGAGAGACAGCAAGAUAGUAAAAGAAAGCAAGCCCACCAAACAUUUUGGAGUCAGAGGACCCUGCUUGCAGUUGCUUCUCUGCCUCUCAGCUGAAUGCCUUGGAGCAAAUUGCCAACUCUCCAGGACUCAGUGUUCUCAUCUGCAGAAUGGGAUCCCACGACCCACCCCUGCACCUGAAUAUAAGUCGGGGGAUCAACAAGAGACGAUGUAUGCUCGGGGAUCAGUUCUACAAGGAAGCCAUUGAACACUGCCGGAGUUACAAUUCGCGGCUGUGUGCAGAGCGCAGUGUGCGGCUCCCCUUCCUGGACUCACAGACCGGGGUAGCCCAGAACAAUUGCUACAUCUGGAUGGAGAAGAGGCACCGAGGCCCAGGCCUUGCCCCGGGCCAGCUGUACACAUACCCUGCCCGCUGCUGGCGCAAGAAGAGACGAUUGCACCCACCUGAGGAGCCAAAGCUGCGGCUGCUGGAAAUCAAACCUGAAGUGGAGCUGCCCCUGAAGAAGGACGGGUUCACCUCUGAAAGCACCACCCUGGAAGCCUUGCUCCGCGGUGAGGGUGUAGAGAAGAAGGUGGAUGCCAGAGAAGAGGAAAGCAUCCAGGAAAUACAGAGGGUUCUGGAAAAUGAUGAAAAUGUAGAAGAAGGAAAUGAAGAAGAGGAUUUAGAAGAGGAUGUUCCCAAGCGAAAGAACAGGACCAGAGGGCGGGCACGAGGCUCUGCAGGUGGCCGGAGGAGGCAUGACGCCGCCUCGCAGGAAGACCACGACAAACCUUACGUCUGUGACAUCUGUGGCAAGCGCUACAAGAACCGGCCGGGACUCAGUUACCACUACGCUCACACGCACCUGGCCAGCGAGGAGGGGGAUGAGGCCCAGGACCAGGAGACCCGAUCCCCACCGAACCACAGAAACGAGAACCACAGACCCCAGAAAGGACCGGAUGGGACAGUUAUCCCCAAUAACUACUGUGACUUCUGCUUGGGAGGCUCUAACAUGAACAAGAAGAGCGGGCGGCCCGAAGAGCUGGUGUCCUGUGCAGACUGCGGACGUUCUGGUCACCCAACCUGCCUGCAGUUCACCCUGAACAUGACUGAAGCCGUCAAGACCUACAAGUGGCAGUGCAUAGAGUGCAAAUCCUGCAUCCUUUGUGGGACCUCAGAGAAUGAUGACCAGCUGCUCUUCUGUGAUGACUGUGACCGUGGCUAUCACAUGUACUGCUUAAAUCCCCCGGUGGCUGAGCCCCCAGAAGGAAGCUGGAGCUGCCAUUUAUGCUGGGAACUACUCAAAGAAAAAGCCUCAGCCUUUGGCUGCCAAGCCUAAGGGCUCAGGUCACAGAAUGUGACUUGCUGCUGGAGAGGCUGAAGCAGAGCCCACUUCAAACCAGAUUGAGCCCCCACUCCCACAUAUCCGACAGACCAACUGUAAGGAAAACCGGUGGUCACAGAGGGUGGGGACAUGAGGAAUAAAGAAGGCAAGGUGUCUGCCUCCUCCACACAGGUCUCGGUUCUUUAGCCAGACCCUCCUUGUCUCUACCAGAGGAUCUUGCACUUUUGAAGAACAACCCCAGGCCUGGCCCCGUGGCACCCCUCUUAUAUUUACCCUUUCCCUGCAGCCCCCUCAGCGACUCCCAUUUUAAGGGGAGCCAUUUUGUGACCACUUGUGAAUCAUUUAUGUGUAGCUUGGUGUUUUCUAUCUAUUGUGUUCUAAGAAACCUUCACACAGCCUCCUGCCUCCAGCUUAGGCUCUUUAUCCUGAAAUCAGCAGAGGAACAGGGCUGUGGAGAAGUUGUUAUUUAUCACAAGCCUCUCUGGAAACUUCUAGACUCAGAGCCUGCAGACCAUCUUGAUGAUGAAAAUCCUUCCUGUUCUUUGGUUUCUGUGAAGAGGAAGAGCUGCUUUCUGGGCCCCCAGCAGGUGGCCCCAGGGAUAUCCACAGCCAGGGUAGUCUCUUGAUGGGGUCAGGGAGGGAAGCAGAGGCACUGAGGGGUGGGAAGAACAUUGUGAGGAUAAUUCUAAGGCCCUGCCGUGGCCAGUCAGUAUUUGCUAUCCAUUUGGAGUGACUUUACAAGGGAGCAGGCGGUGAGGUUCCUUGACCUUACAGACGGGCCUCCUUGUGGUGAGACAAGCCACAGCCUAUGGUGGCAGAAGAGGCUGAGACCGUCUCCCAACCAGCUCAGGUCUGGAGCUCUCCCUGGUGGGACUGUAUAGCCAGGAAGGGGAGUGAAGGCUGCCUGGUCAAGAAUCCGAAUGCCGGUGCAAAGGACUGUAGUUGAGAACCUUUUCAGUAUUGGUGAGGCACAAUGAACUCCCUUUCCCAUGUGAUGUCUUCCUUCCGCACAGUCUACAUUUGCCAUUGUCUACUGAGACCCAACUCUGGAAAUUUUAGGAUGGGGGAGAGAUGAUUGUUCCCAGAACAUAUAAUUGGGGUGAUGUGAUUAUUUAUGAUCAAGGUGGCAAGAACGCAGAGCCCUCGGCUGGAGGGCUGCUCUUGUCUCCUAAGCAACCCAGUAUGUGCUGGACUCUUAUUUUCAAAAAAGAAAAUGUCUUGAGAAGAAGAAAAAGGAGGCUCAGAUUCUGAGAAGUCUGGGUUGGAAGUCAGCCCCGCGGGCUGGAGUGGAUGGGCACCUUUGAAUCUCAGCAGCAGUGUUUAACAGCAGCACAAUAACUGACACUUCUGGAAAAAUCAUUUGCCCAAAGGGCAGGUCUCGGCAAGUGGGACCCUCGCGCAUGCUCGGCUUCCCUGAAAUCAGCUCCAUCUCUGUGGUCCGGCUGCUUACAACAAAGGCUGAGGUUAUUUUUAGCCCUUCAGCUCCUGAAGAAGCCUCUGGAGACACAGAGACUCGGGCUAGUUGGGCCACUACUGCCCAUCUGCUGUGUUCGCUCCAAGGCUUGGCAAGAGCCCUCCUCCCCAGCUAAUUGCACUUGGCCAGUGGACCCCGGGCAGCCUGGCGUGGGGCCAAGCGGUGCUGGUCUUCCCGCGUCCUUUGCAGGGUGACCCGUGGCAGGAGAUGGGGGUCAUUCUCCUGCAGGGGCCUGUGGCCUUGAAAUGAGUUACAUGCAUACAUGAUGAUCUCAUUUAAAGGGUCCUGUCCAGAUGGGAUUUUCAUCUUCCUUGUAAGAUAUUUCCUUCCCUUUGCUGAUUCGUGAGCCUGUUCUGAAUUCUGGAGUCCAGGGAAGGUUUGGGAAGCUGCUUUGUUAGAACGUUAUCUGUUUACCUGGCAGGGUCACAUCAGAGGGGCUGUUUCCUCUCCCGAUUGCUUUGACUCUCUCUCCUCCCACAAAACCCCAAGUGGGGUGUCUCCAAAGGCCAAUUAUUGGUUUUGCAAAUCAUUUUGACUUAAUUUUAGAAAGAAUGUUACCAAUAUGUUCCCAAGUGCCACAGUGGCUUAAAAGUUAUAAAAGCAAAUCUGAAACCAAAACCUGUGGCCCUUAUACUUGACACACUCUUUAGAGGGUGUGCAAGUCUGUUGCCCACCUCAACAUAGGUGUUGGGGUGGCCCUGUUCCAUCUCCAGCCAUGCCUGCUGCCCCCAGAAGCUGUGAGGAAGGGAUUGAGGGUCGCAGACCAAGAAGGGUGCUGUGAGCUGCUGCCUGGUGGGGUGCUCAGGGCACUAGAAGGAAUUGUAGGAAGGCCCAGAGUUCCCUUCCCAGUUCAUUCCCAACAGGAUAGGCCCAACUCCUUCCUCUCUGGAGAUCCCAGUGUUCCCCAUCUAGAAAGUAGGGACAGCAAAGGUGGCUUGUGGGCUGGCACGGUCAGGGUACUGCAAGCAAAGGCCUCCAUUUGAUUGCCUUCUGUAUUGAGAAAGGAAGGUGAUGGCAAACUUCAAAUUGGAGCCCCAGAGAAUGAGCUAAAACCAUAGUACACAUGGUUGAUCAGGGUUUUAGUUUUGCCUCUGCCAUUGAGUAGCUGUGUGACCUUGGGCAAGUCUUUUACCAUCUCUGAACCUCAGUUUGCCCACUGGUGAAAUGGAAGUAAUAAUACUUGCCCUGUCUGUCCCACAGUGACAUUGGUAGUCCUAAGAUGUGAAAUGUUGCGUAAAUAACUACUGAAGAGCAGGGCUUGUCAGGGAGGGACCCGAGUGAUUUCUGUGACUCCUUUUUUGUGAGUUAGCUGGUUAGACACCUUCUUAGAACCUCCGUUUUGGCCAAAGGGAGUUUAUGUUUUAAGGGCCGGGCUGCCUGUGGUCAGGGCCUCCAGGCCAAAGAGGAGACAAGGAAACCAUUACUGUGCAUAGGUCUCCAUUGGUGAGAGGUGAGGGAUUUAUCUGGGGCUGUGGAACUUCCGAAUAAAGAUACUAAAGAUACUCCCUUCUGCAAGAUGAAUGCAGCCUAGGAUGAGGAGCUACCUUCUGGAGAGAGUUACAAUUCAGUUCAGUGUAAUAGUCACUUAAAUGCUUUGGUUUAAAGCCCAGCUCUACUUCUGGCUAGCUGGUUGAUCUUAGACAAAUGAUUUAACCUCUCUGAGCCUCAUUUUUCACAUGUAUCAGGUGGGCUCAUCCAGCAGGACUGUUUCAGGGAUUGCGGGUAAUGCUGAUGAAGAUUCUGGCAUAGGGUCUAGCAUGAUGAAGGCUCCCACAUCAUGUCAUUGUGUACAGAGGCCACCAAGUUGAGGGAAUGAUGAUGCUAUUGUCUCCCAGCGCAAAUCCCUGGACAGCCAGGGUGCCUUUAGCAGCUCCACCCUGUGUUGAUGUCGUGGCUCCAGCCAACCAGAGAGGAGGUGAGGCAGCAGGAUCCAAGCCGGAAGCUGAAACCCUCUGUUUCCUGUAGUUAUUUUUGAAACACUGCUUUUUGAGCCUGCGGCAAAUCCAGUGCAGGCAACCUUGUGAGGAAAUAGAAACAAGGACCCCACUAGAUUUACAUUCUGGCUUUCCUUCUCAACCCUCCAUUGACUCAUAGCCCCUAAGGCAGGAGCCAGGGGCCGCUGCUCCUGUCCAUGCCCCCCGAGGCCAGGGAGGAGCAGAGGCAGGCCAGAGGGCAGCUGCUGCCCCA